AUGCCAUUUUUUGUUAAUAAUUCAGAAGUGGAUGGGAAAGUUUGGCUUUUUUGGGCAGAGGAGGUGGAUUUUGAGCUGUCUUCAUGUUCGGAUCAAGCUAUUUCAGGAUGGUUUUCAUUUGGGUCGAGACGUUUGUUUGCUUCUUUUGUGUAUGCUAGUUGCUUCCGGGAUAAAAGGGUUGAAUUAUGGGAAUAUCUCAGGCUUCAAAAUCCUCAAGGGUUACCAUGGUUGGUUGGCGGAGAUUUUAAUAUUAUUCGUAGCGAUAGUGAAAAAGUAGGAGGGGUGUUUCAGGCACCUCGGGCAAAGAUGGCCAUGGAUUUUAAUAAUUGCAUUAAUGAUUGUGCAUUAUUGGAUAUUCAUUCGAAAGGAAACCGAUUGUCAUGGUGUAAUGGAAGGCUUGGUGGUAGGAGGAUUUGGGCGAGAUUAGACUGUAUUCUGGUGAAUGUGCAAUUUCUAAAUGAGUUUGAGGGAGCUGGUUUGUGUUAUCUGCCUCGGACAUCUUCUGAUCAUUCGCCUAUGGUGCUUAAUUUUUCCACUCAACGAGAACAAUAUAUGAAGCCUUUUCGAUUUCUCCGUAUUUGGGGUACACAUGAGGGAUUUCUUCCUUUGGUCAAAAGUUGUUGGGAUAAGGCGAGUUAA